AUGGUUACCGCCGGGUUCCCCAAUCUGUUCUUCACGUAUGGGCCGCAGAGUCCCACCGCGAGGGCGAAUGGCCCGGUGAUCUCUGAGAUCCAGAGCGAAUGGAUCAUCAAGACCAUGCUGUUUAUGCGGGAACAGGGUCCUGCGACGAUUGAUGCUAGGCCCGAGAUGGAGGCCGAAUGGGCGCGUCGGACGAAUGAAGCCUGUUACCGGACUCUGCUGUCGCGCAACCAAAUCACCUGGUAUAUGGGAAGCAAUGUGCCGGGCAAGCGACGGAAGGCGUUGAACUAUAUGGGCGGGCUGCCCAAGUACCAGGGAUUCUUGGAGGAGUGUCAUUCAAUCCUCAACUAG